GAGAUCCUCAGUUGCGCGCUGACGAUCGAACCGAACGGACGUGAAGGAAAAAGUGAUCAAGUGUGAACGGUGAAGGAAUUAAAAGUGAAGAAGAAUAUUCAAAUGAGGAGCUGCCUAUCUGAUUGAGAGGAGUGGAAUAUAUUUAACAUAUACUGUGUGACUUGGUGAUAAUUAAGGCAAGAGGCCCAUCGAGGGGAGACCACCCCGAAAAAACCCCAUCGCCCCCAUACGCGAUCGAACGAUAUGGGUGGUAGUGGAGUGCGCCUAGCGGCGAUCGCACUGUUCCUAUCGGCAACGGUAGCAACGGUCCGAUCUGAACUCACGCCACCGUACUUCAAUCUUGCCGAGGGACGCCAAAUUACCGCAUCGGCUACUUGCGGUGUAGACACCGAUGGUCCGGAACUGUACUGUAAGCUGGUCGGCGCCAACACGGAAAACGAGCAACAGAACCAAUUCCAGUACCAAGUCAUUCAAGGACAGGUUUGUGACUUUUGCGAUCCCAGCAUCACGGACAAGAGUCACCCGGCCGAGUAUGCCAUCGAUGGAACAGAAAACUGGUGGCAAAGUCCUCCGCUAUCGCGCGGCAUGAAGUACAACGAGGUCAAUCUGACCAUCGACUUCGGACAGGAAUUCCAUGUGGCGUAUCUGUUCAUCCGUAUGGGCAACUCUCCCCGUCCCGGUCUGUGGACACUGGAGAAAUCGAUCGAUUAUGGAAAGACAUGGCUAUCGUGGCAGCACUUCUCCGACUCACCCGCCGAUUGCGAGGCCUAUUUCGGGCGGGACAGUUUGCGUCCUAUCAUGCACGACGAUGAUGUGAUCUGUACGACCGAGUACUCGAAAAUUGUACCGCUCGAGAAUGGUGAGAUCCCAGUGAUGUUGCUGAACAAUCGUCCCUCAGCAAACAACUACUUCAACUCGACCGCCCUGCAGGAGUGGACUCGUGCAACUAACGUACGAAUUCGGCUGCUCCGAACGAAAAAUCUGUUAGGACAUUUGAUGUCCGUCGCCCGGCAGGAUCCCACCGUUACUCGAAGAUACUUCUACUCGAUCAAAGAUAUUUCGAUCGGAGGCCGCUGCAUGUGUAACGGUCAUGCGAACACUUGCAAUGUGCUAGAUCCACGCUCGUCAAAACGUAUCCUGGCGUGCCAGUGUCAACACAGCACUUGUGGUAUUCAGUGUGCAGAGUGUUGUCCAGGUUUCGAACAGAAGAAAUGGCACCAAAACACGAAUGCUCGACCUUUCCAGUGCGAACCUUGCAACUGCCACGGCCAUACGACUGAGUGUAUCUACUCCGAAGAAAUUGACGAGAAACACCUCUCGUUGGAUAUCCACGGCAACUACGAGGGAGGUGGUAUCUGCCAAAAUUGCCAGCACCAUACCGAAGGUAUCAACUGUAACAAAUGUCAGAACACGUUCUACCGCCCAUACGGAAAGCAAUGGAAUGAAACCGAUGUUUGCAAACCUUGUAACUGCGAUCACUUCUACUCCACUGGAAACUGUGAAGAAGAAACGGGUCGUUGCGAGUGCCGACCGGAGUUCAACCCACCGAAUUGUGAUUCCUGUUCGUAUGGCCAUUUUGGAUAUCCGAACUGCCGUCCGUGUGAGUGCAAUCUGAACGGAACCAUCGGUUAUCACUGCGAAGCCGUCAAUGGGGAGUGUCCAUGUAAACCAAAUUUCGAUGGUGAUCACUGUAGGCAGUGUGCCAACGGCUAUUACGACUUCCCGGAUUGUGAACCUUGUGGAUGCAACGCUAUUGGCUCAGUAAGUGAUGUGUGUGAUUUCGGAUCUGGACAGUGUCAGUGUAAGCCGAAUUUCGCUGGUCAACAUUGCGAAAAAUGUAAAGAUGGUUUCUUCAACUACCCUGCAUGUACAUACUGCAACUGUGACGUAAGCGGAACCUUGGAUGAAGUUUGUGACAAAGGCAACGGGCAGUGUCUGUGCCGUAAAGGCUACGGAGGACCUCGGUGUGAUCAGUGUACCCCCGGAUACUUCAACUAUCCCAAUUGUGAGCCAUGUCACUGCUCCGGAGCUGGAAGCGCGUCCACGGUUUGUGAUGUUACUGGAAAGUGCGCUUGUCUACCGAACUUCUCUGGUAGACAGUGUACCAUGUGUCUUCCUGGAUACUACCAAUAUCCUGAAUGUUUGCCGUGUAACUGUGAUGCUCAUGGGUCGAUCGGGUUGUCCUGUAACAAUGAAGGUCAGUGUCAGUGUGCGUACAACUUCGAUGGAAAAACCUGUAACCAGUGCAAGGAAAGUUUCUACAAUUUCCCAGCUUGCGAAGAGUGCAAUUGUGAUCCGGCUGGUGUCAUAGCGAAGUUUGCCGGUUGUGGAUCAGUACCUGCUGGAGAGUUAUGUCAGUGCAAGGAGCGCGUUCAUGGAAGAAUUUGCGACAAAUGCCGACCGUUGUAUUGGAACUUGAACGCCAGUAAUCCACAUGGCUGCGAGGAUUGUGAAUGUUUCAUCGAUGGAACAAUCGGUGCUUUGGACACUUGUGACACCAAAACUGGUCAAUGUGCUUGUAAACCCUCGGUAACUGGUCGUCAAUGUUCGGAAUGCAAGGACGGCACCUUUGAUUUGUUUGGCGCCAGCUUGUUUGGUUGCAAGGACUGCGGCUGUGACAUUGGAGGUUCGGCUAACAAUGUCUGCAACAAGGAGACCGGUCAAUGUAAAUGUCAUCCUAGGAUCACUGGAAGAACUUGCACCUAUCCUUUGACGACUCAUUAUUUCCCAACUUUGAACCAGUUCCAAUAUGAAUAUGAAGAUGGAUAUACUCCAUCGGGAGCUCAAGUCCGUUACCAGUUCCAUGAAGAUGUCUUCCCAGAGUUCAGCAAACGAGGCUAUGCAGUGUUUUCUGGUCUGCAGAAUGAAGUUAUCAACGAAGUCUCAAUACAUAAGUCUUCCGUGUAUCGCCUAGUAAUUUACUACAAAAAUCCAACGAAAGACAAUGUCAUCGCUCAGAUAUUGAUUACUCCUGAUAAUCCGGCUGAGCUUGAACAGAAAGCUAAGGUACUUUUCAAGCCAAACACACAUCCGGAAUUUGUAACCGUUUCGGGGGCAAAAGGAGAGAUUCCUUCUCCCGUCGUCUUGGAUCCUGGCCGGUAUACCAUCAGUAUCAAGACUGAUAAAAAUGUAUUCCUCGACUACUUCGUCCUUCUGCCUGCAGCGUACUAUGAAGCUUCAAUUUUGACCAAGAAAAUCGAAAAUCCAUGCGAGUUUACCGACAUGGAACUGUGCCGUCACUUCAAGUACCCAAACAUUAUCGAGUUCAAGCCACAGCUGGAAGCGCAUAUUGUCGAGGGAGACGAUUCGUUCAAGCCUGGAGAAUAUUUCAAGGAUUACGAUCAUCUGGAUGUGAUCAAAGAAGAGAACCUUCCUCUACUGACAGUCGAUCAGAACGAACUGAGCUACUCGCUGGAUGUCCCACGGCCAGAUCGAUACGUACUUGUGGUGGACUACAUUACCAAUCGUAAUUACCCGGAAAUUUCUGUUCUACAGAUCAAUCAAAUUGGAGAUAUUGAACAAGAUGGCACGGUUACUGCCUAUCCUUGUACGUACACCACCGUUUGCCGCCAGCCAGUCAUUGAUAAAGAGUCUCGCGAAAAAGUGUUCUACAUUGACCCGAACAACCGCAAACCGAUCACCGUUUCAAGCCAAGAACCUACUGGAGCUGUGGCUAUCAAAUCCGUCACUGCUAUUCCCUAUGAAGAAUGGUCCACCGAUUACAUAAGUCCUAGCCCAGUUUGCGUAAUGCAGAAUGGCAAAUGCGUGCUGACAAGUUACCGUACAGCUUCGGACUCGAAAAAAAUUGAAUUCGAAGCGGACAACGAAGGUCGUAUUGCAGAGACCAACCCAAGUGAUAUGUUGGAUGAUGCAACGAAACUGAUUUAUUUGGAUAAGGAUGAGCCAGCGUUGAAUUUUAAGGCAAAGGUAUCACAUCCUGAUCGCUAUGUGAUUAUUGUAAAGUUCUAUCAACCGAACCAUCCAGUGUUCAACAUUCAGUACCGAAUUGAGACGGAUCGUCAGAACUUUGAUGGAAAACUGCCAUUGCGUCACUGUCCGGCUAAUACUGGAUGUCGUGAAGUGUUGAAACAAGAUAACGGAUUCAUCUGGUUCGAUUUGGAGGACACGUUCGAUUUCACUUUGUUGAGCAGUGCCACGAAGGGAGUUUGGUUGGACUACAUUCAGUUGGUGCCAGCUGAUCAGUUCCACGAUGAUCUUCUCCAAGAGGAAACCUUCGACCAAACUAAGGAGUUCAUCCAGAAAUGCGGCCAAAAUCAUUUCCACAUCCAAUUGAAUGCAAGUGAUUUCUGCAAGGAAGCUGUAUUCUCCUUGACAGCAGACUACAACACUGGAGCUCUGCCCUGUAAUUGUGAUUACUACGGAUCCAACAGCUUCGAGUGCGAGCAAUUUGGAGGACAAUGUCAGUGCAAGCCACACAUUAUUGGUCGUCAAUGUGAAGCUUGUAAAACCGGUUAUUACGGAUUUCCUGACUGCAAGCCUUGCGACUGUCCAUCAACGGCCCUUUGCCAGAAAGAUACUGGAGAAUGUAUCUGUCCGGACCGUGUGACUGGAGAGAAGUGCGAUCAGUGUAUGCCAUAUACUUUCGGCUAUGAUCAGAUUAUUGGCUGUGAAGAGUGUAACUGUCAUCCAUUGGGUGUUGCCAACAAUAAUCUUCAGUGUGAUUUGCAAAGCGGUGUAUGUGAUUGUAAAUCCAACGUAGUGGGCAGAUCCUGCGAUCAUUGUCAGUUUGGGUUCUUCAAUUUCCCAUACUGUGAACCUUGUAAGUGUGACAUCCGAGGAACAACGUUUGAGAUUUGUGAUCAAAAUGAUGAGACUUGUUUCUGUAAGAAGAAUGUGCAAGGUCGAGAGUGUAGCCAAUGUGUGGACGGAACUUACAACUUGCAAGCCUCAAACCCGGAGGGAUGUACCAAGUGUUUCUGCUUUGGACAUACUUCCGUUUGCGAGACGGCUUUCCUUCGACCGUUCAAUGUCAGUAUGAUGAAGGACGUCACGUUAAAUACCAUCAAGCUAUCAGGUGGGAAACCACAGAUCGCACCUUGGAUUGUUGAUGGGGAAAUAAUGAUCAACGAAACAUCAGCUGAAGUGGCUUUGAGCGACGUGGAUAACGAAGAACUGCUCUCCGGAUUGGCUUACUUUGGAAUGUUGGAUUAUCUGCUUGAUUUGAAUAGUCAUAUUACUGCCUACGGUGGUUAUUUAACUUACAAGAUCAUCUACACAAAUGGUCUAUUUGGAAGUUCGUUGAUUGGACCGGAUGUGAUUUUGGAAGGAAAGAACAUGGUGGUGACUCAUCAGAGCAUUGAACAACCCGCAUCGAAUACGCUGUUUAAUGGGCGUGUUCAAAUGGUGGAAUCAAACUUCCAGACCGCUUCGGGAGGUUCAGUAACCCGUGAGCAGUUUAUGGUAUUGUUGCGAGAUCUGAAAGCUAUCUACGUCAGAGCCUCCUAUUGGGAGAAUGGCCUCUCAACGGUUGUUUCCGACGUAAGUUUGACCAUGGCUCACGAUGAUCCAGGCAGUUAUGAUAUGUAUGAAGAAUUGUCCGUCGAACGUUGUUCGUGUCCCCCGGGAUAUACUGGAUUAUCUUGCGAGGAUUGUGCACCGGGUUAUUACCGUGAUACACAUGGACCAUACGGAGGCUACUGUAUCCCUUGUCAGUGUAAUGGUCAUGCCGAAAAAUGCGACUGUAUUACAGGAAUUUGCAAUGAAUGUAAGCACGAUACGACCGGUGAUCACUGCGAACUGUGUAUCGAAGGGUACUACGGAAAUGCUACUCGAGGUUCUCCGAAUGAUUGCAUGAUCUGCGCUUGCCCAUUGCCGAUUGAUUCAAAUAAUUUUGCGACGUCUUGUGAAGUAUCGGAGGAUGGCUAUGAGAUUCACUGUGAUUGUAAACCGGGCUACACGGGUGAGAAAUGCCAAAGCUGUGCUUCUGGAUUCUUUGGACAACCGGAAGUUGAAGGUGAAGUUUGUAGACAAUGUGACUGCUCCGGUAACAUCAACCCAGAUGAACCUGGUUCAUGCGAUUCUGUAUCAGGAGAAUGCUUGCUUUGUUUGAACAAUACAUAUGGCAGAGCUUGUAAUUUGUGUGCACCUGGAUUCUACGGAGAUGCAGUCAAUCUUAAGGACUGUCAGAGCUGUAUUUGCGAUGCUGUUGGUACUGAACAUUGUGAUAACUUCAUUGGAAGCUGCAACUGUUUUCCGAAUGUGAUAGGCGAGAAAUGCGAUCGUUGUGAAGAGGAUCAUUUCGGAUUCGAGUCCGGACGUGGUUGCACGGCGUGUGAUUGUGGACUCGCCUCGAAUAGUACUCAGUGUGAUGAUCAUAGCGGAAAAUGUGCCUGUAAGCCAGGCGUUACUGGUCGACAGUGCGAUCGCUGUGAGCCAGGCUAUUGGAAUUAUUCCGAGGACGGAUGCAUUCCAUGUUCGUGUAACACAGACUACUCCAGAGGUUUGGGAUGCAAUGCUCAGACUGGACAGUGUGAGUGUUUAUCCGGUGUCGUUGGAGAGAAGUGUGAUUCGUGUCCGUACCGAUGGGUUCUGAUUCCUGAUACCGGUUGUCAGGAGUGCGAUGGAUGUCACCAUGCUUUGUUGGAUGUGACAGAUGAGCUGAAGGAAACGAUCGACCCAGUCUUGCUAGAUAUCGAAACCGUUGCUGAUGACUACUAUACUUCUCAAAAAUUGAAGUACUUUGACGAUUUGGUGGAUGAAAUUGAACCAUCUGUUCGCAAACUGGAUCCUCAUGGAGUUAACCUUAAUCCACCCAAACAGCAGGUGGAGUCAUUGGAGAUGGAUGUAAAAAAUCUUGAUCGUCGCAUUCACUAUGCUGAUCAAAAUGUUAACGACCUUUCCACAAAGAGUGAUAAUCUUCUACGGGGUUCUUCAGAUAUUUUGGACUCGUGUCGCUUUGUGGACAUUAGUACCAGAAAUACGAUCAUGGAAGUUGAAAAGUUGGCAGAAAAUUUGGGUAAAUCAGAAAGUCACAAGUUGGAACAGGCACAUGCGGAGGCUGUCAACUAUCUACAGUUAAUUAAGCAAUAUUCCGCUACUCCUGGAAGCCUCAAUGUCCAUUUGGACAAUGCUACCGACCUACUGUCGAAGGUAGAAGUGUUCGCACUGCCUGUGCACGAUCAACAGAAUCGGCUAAAUAAGCUCAUGCACAGCAUUGGAGCGUUUGACGUAAAGUUGGAAGACUUGUACAACUGGAGCCUUAAUAUCGAAGAGGAAAGUCGUACCACAGCUAAAUUGAACAAGAAGAAUAAUGGAGCUUUGGAUUCCAAGUUUGAUACGGUAUCUGCUCAACACAAGGAGGCUAAUGAAAACAUCGAGAAUGCAAAGAAUCUGUUGGAUGACUCUUCGAAGAUAAGCCUUGACAUCUUCACCACUCACUCGGAGCUAGAUAAUGCAAAUUCAGAAUUGAAGCAACUUAAUGGCAAAGUUGAUCAGGAGCUUCCUGAAAACGACAAAGAGUAUCAGGAUCUUUCGUCGAAGAUCCAGGAUUCCAUGGAAUAUGCUGCAAACUUGAAGGAGGAAGCUCAACGUUUGACUGCCAACUAUUCGAAUGUCACAGCCAAUUCGGAAAUGGCAUUGAAGGCUGCUACAGCGUACUCAAUGAUCGCUGAUGCAGUGAAUGAGGCCAAAGCCAAUGCCGAAAAGGCUGAGCUUCUGGCUCAGAAUGCAACGGAGUUGACAAAGGGAGUUGAUGAUCUAGCAGGAGAGUCGGACAGUGAUUCAAGCGAGCUACUGAGCGAUGCUAUGAAAUCACUUCAUUCCUUGCAAUCAGAUUUGGAACCACAUAUUAACAAAUCGGUGGGAACAGUUGAACAAAUUAAGAAAUCCAACGAAGAUAGCGAUGAUGUUUUGUAUUCAAUCAAUCAGUCGUUGGAUGGCAUCCCGCAAGAAUCCCACACUAACAGCUGGGAAAUCGCAAGGGAUCAAGCCAUUGAUGCUCAGAAGGAUUCCCAGAACGCUUUGAAGAUCCUAGACCCAAUCAUUUCGGAUCUCCCGAAAAGUCUCUAUGUGGCAGAGCAAUUGCCGAAAGAAAUCGAUCGUACGAAUAAGAGCAUUCAUCAGGCUGCAAGUCAAAUCGAUCAAUAUAAGAACAUGAUUCCAAAGGUUGCAAUGAUGGUGAACGAAGUAGAAGAGAAACAGAAUAUGAUUGAUUCAAUUGUGAGUGACAUUGGUGAUCGUUUGGAGUCGCUGAAGAAACAAAUUGCCAGUGCACGAUCGUUGGCCAACAGUAUCAAAUUUGGAAUGACGUUCCAUCCGAACACUACUUUAGAGAUCAAACCUCCAGAGGUGCUAUCACAGAUGGCUUCGAACUCAACCGUAUCAGCUUACUUCAAGACGAACAAACCGGAAGGAUUCUUGUUCUACUUGGGUAACGAAGUAAAACCGGAUUCCAAGAAGACUUCACGAGAUGAUUACAUGGCAUUGGAGAUUGAGAAUGGUUAUCCUGUGCUAUCGAUUGACCUGGGUAAUGAUCCGGAGAAGGUGAUCAAUCCGAAAUAUGUGGCGGACGAUAAGUGGUAUCAGGCUAUCAUCGAUCGAAGUGGAAAUAAUGUCAAGUUGACGAUUCGUGAAGAGCUGGAGAAUGGAACAGAAAUGAUUCAUCCGAAGGAGCAGACAUUACCGGGAGUUUAUAAUGUAUUUAACGUCGAUCAAAAUAGUAAGCUCUUUGUUGGGGGUUAUCCACCGGAGUACAACAUGCCUAGCGAUGUGAAAUCAGGUGGAUUUUCUGGUCAAAUUCAAGACUUGCAAGUCGGAGGUGAACACGUUGGCUUGUGGAACUUUGUACAGACUCAAAAUGUCCACGGUGGCAGAGAACGUGAUAAGCUACUGGAUGAAGAUAAGCCUACGACAGGGUUCCGUUUCGGUGGCAAUGGAUACGUUAUGGUGGAUGCAAAGUCAUAUUCAUUCAAGCAUCGUUCACAAAUCCAGUUCCGGUUCAAGGCAACUCAAGAUACACAGGACGGUUUGUUGUUCUACGCUGGUAGAAACCGUCACUUUAUUUCGAUUGAAAUGAAGGACGGACGGAUUGUGUUCCAGUUCAAGCUUGGUCAACAUGCGGAGGUAGUAUCAAUCGGAUCCGGGCAUGGUUUCAAUGAUGAUGCUUGGCAUACUGUAUCGGCUGAACGUGAUGGGGUUGUUGGUAAGCUGACGGUCGAUGGAAAUGUGAUCUAUCAGGAAGCAUCCAAUGUUCACUUUGAAGGCAAUGUUGAACCGUUGAGGAUUUCGGAGUCGAUGUUCUUCGGUGGUUAUCCAGGCAAGAUGAACCAUUCGGAGGUUACGACAAAGGGCUUCGAUGGUUGUAUUGAUGAUGUAUACAUUUUGGGAACAAAGGUGGACUUGAGUAUUAACCAGAAGGCAUUAGAUAUACGUCCAGGAUGUCCAAUGAAAUUCUCUUCAUUGCUAUCUUUCCCACCACACCAAUUUGGAUAUGUAAGCCAACCAGAAGUGGCAUCAGCAAAUGGUCUUCAAGUAAAUAUCAAAUUUAAAACGCAUCAGACCCACGGAGUACUGUUCUACACUGCCAACGAUGAUCAAAGUGCAACGUUCGGAUUGACCUUGGAGGACGGAGUGUUGGUUUUGAGGAGUACCAAAAAGGAAAUUACCACUGGAAACAGUCGUUACAAUGAUGGCGAUUGGCAUGCUGUCACUGCAACUCAGGAAAAUUACCGCUGGUCAUUGGUUGUGGACGAUAGUGAUCCAUUUGUAUCCGAUGAAGAACCUCCGCCGUUGGAUAUUGUAAGUGGGGAGAUUUACUUCGGUGGUUUACCAAAGAACUUUGUCACCCCGAGGAAUGCCAUUGCAACUCCGGCUUAUUUCUGGGGAUGUAUUCGUGAUGUGACAGUCAAUGGUCAAAUCGUGAACUUUGCCAACUUGAAGGAUAAGAAAUCUGCGGUACUGGACCACUGCUCGAAGGACAUUUUUGCAGUCAGCCCAAGUGAAGUUCCUCUAUUUUAUCCGGAUGGUGGAAGCGAACCAGUAGUAUUCACAUCACGGGUCGAUGCAGAUGAACAUAAACCUGAUGACAAGCUAAAUGAAGUUGAAGGAUUGCCCCAUAGGCCAUGGGAAGAAGAUAUUACCGACCAGCCAGAUGAUUUGGAAACUACUACUACUACAACUACAACUACGACAACUCCAUCUAAACCAACAACAACAUCAACGACUACUACUACUACUACUAGGCGACCUCGACCACCACCCGAGAAACCAGAACCUACUUGCAGACUACCAGUCGUACCCGAACAAGACGUUGACUUCGAUGCAGGUUAUCGAUUCGGUACGGGACCUUUCAGCCACAUCGAGUUCAAUGAAAUACCUCAAAAAAUCAAGAAACAGUAUGAAUUCUCGCUCUCAUUCAAAACCGAAUUCUCCGAGGGUGUGUUAUUCUAUGCUGCUGACUCUCGACAUACCGAUUUUAUAGCCCUGUAUUUGCGAGAUGGAAAAGUAUUCCACUCGUUCAACUGUGGCUCUGGAUCGGCUAAUAUUAGUUCGGAACGAAGCUACGACGACAAUGAAUGGCACACUGUCCAUUUCUCUCGAGUCCAUAACAAGGGUCAAUUGGUGGUCGAUAGUGAAGAUGAGGUACAUGGAGAGUCUGCUGGAAACACUAGAACCAUGCAAGUACAAGCUCCGUUCUUCGUUGGAGGUGUCUCUGGUGGAGAACAUUACGAAGAUGUUGCUCUCAAUCUUAAGAUCGAUAAGAAUAUCUUGGAGCGCGAUCAAUUCGUUGGAUGUAUUACGGAAAUCAAGGCAUUCAAUAAGCUUCUCGGUUCUCCAUCCAACAUUACUCAAACCAUCCCCUGUUCGUCUCAAAUCGAGACAGGCAUGUUCUUUGGAAAGGGAGGUGGUUUCAUAAAACUGAGAGAGAAAUUCAAGGUUGGAAAUGAGCUGACUGUCAGCAUGGACAUCAAACCAAGAUCUACGACAGGUUUGCUGAUGUCCGUACAUGGCAAACGUGCCUUCUUCGUUCUUGAAUUGGUCAAUGGCAACAUCAGCCUGACGGUGAACAACGGCGAUGAACCAUUCACUGCUAUGUUCAUCCCAGAUCCCAGUGAAAAUCUGUGCGAUGGCCAAUGGCGUACGAUUACGGCCAUCAAGUCGUUCUAUGUUAUUACCAUCAAGGUCAAUGACGUCAGUUCCAACCCGGCUAUUGGAGAUGCUCGUUCGGGAUCAACGGACACCACCAGGCCGCUGUUCCUUGGAGGCCAUCCUCAUCUUCAGAGGAUUCGAGGUCUUACGGCUCGGGAACCCUACCAGGGUUGUAUCCGCAAUGUGGUGAUCCGCAACCAGCAGGAGCCAGUUACAUCGAAAAUGUCUGUUGGAAACGUACAGACUGGCAUCUGUCCUACAAUAUAAUAAAAUUUUAAUUUUGAGCCAAACUACAAAAACUAUUGAUGACUUGACUUUACGCAAUCGAACUACGGACAAAAUGAUUUUUGGACAAUGGCUUGAUGAUGAUAAGAGUUAACAUGUGGAAAUUCGAUGACGACUUUUGGCUAUUCUUGGAAACUGUGACAAGAUACACUCUUUUCAGUUUUCUUUUAUUUUCUAUUCUUUUCUUUUCUACCUACUAACUCUAAAAUUGAAAGACGCAAAGAAAAUUGCAGUGGAUGGAAGCAUAUUUCAUUUCUGUCUUUGAAGUAGAUCGUGUUUCAUGACAACGGGAGAACAGUUUAUAAUACACCCUUGGAGGAAAAUAUCCCCGCCCCUGAGCAAUGCUGCUCAGUAAAUCAACGAAUUGACGAUCGCAAAGCUACACGGGGAAUGAGAACAACCCAAAUUUGACUUUAGUUCACUCAUAAUCGCCAAAAGUGCAGGAACGCAGCGAUGAGUUAAAUUUGUCUCAUGGUUUCCUGUGGAAAACCUAAAAAAUCUGCC